AUGUGUCGCGUCGUACUGCUCAACCAGACCCAGUACGUCAAUCAUCAGUUGGGAGCGGGGCUCCCAAGUAUCCCAGGACGGGGGAUAACCGCGCCACCGGACAAGCGCUGGUCACCGCGAGAGUCCUCCAAUGGAGGUGGAGGAGGAGGGAAAACGCUCUCCAAACUAUCGUGGGGGAGCGUGUGUCCCCGAGAGCUCUUUGAUCGCGUAACUCUUGCGUUACGCGGCGACCUCGAGCAUGAGCGGGACAGGCGUCUUCAACUGGCAGACACUGUCUUGAAGCAUCGAGCUGAGUUUGCAUUUGCUCAGCUUGAGAACGAGAGAGCUCUGACAUCUCUUAGUGACGAGCUAAGGGUAGCUCGUGUGGAUAUCGACCGGUCUCGGGCUGAGAUAACUGCUCUUCAGACCCUUGUCGAUGCCCACCAUCGGGAGCACAAGGCUCUCUGCGAGAUGCUUGAGCGCAAGGGCGUUCUUCAUCGGAAGAAGCAGCGUUCUGAUGGUACGGCUUAA